AUGAGGGUAUACAGUAUUGGUUCUCUUUUAAUUUUUAUGGGUGUUUGGGCAUUAUUAUUUGUUUCAUUUACAAACCCAUGGUAUCAUUAUGUAGAAAACUACACUUUUUCUGGUGAUACAUUUAGAAACUACCAAGCAGAUUUUUAUCCAACACAUGUAAAAGUGAUAUCAAGUAAUUUAACAACUGAUCGUAAUUACAGUUAUAAAGAAAUUAUCCAAACUGAUUUUUGGACCACUAAAAUUCCACUUAAUUUUACAAGAUAUGUUAAAUCAAGUUUUUCAUUUGCAGUUUUAGGAUGGGCUGUUGCAACAGGUUUAAUUGUCUUAACAUUUUUUGAUAUGAAUGAAACUGAAAAAAAAUGGGUUGGUUUACUCGGUAAAAUAUUGGGAUUCGUUGUAUUUGUAUUUACACUUUUAUCAUUUUCACUCUAUGUCGUAUUUAAAAUUAAAUUAAAUGACGAUUGUAAAUCAAUAUACGGUUCCUCAUCACAAUUUAAUUGUGAUCUUAAUGGAUCGGAAUCAAACCAUGGUUUUUUCAAUGGUAAAUUUUUUGGAUCUACUAAAAUGGCAUAUUGGGGUGGAUCAAGUGGAUGGCGUUGCGUUGUUACUGCUUGCAGUCUCUCAUUAGCAGGCUCAAUAUAUAAUAUUUUUCUUUUCCACAAAAAAAAAUAA